GUUUUAUAUGCGCGAGAUUUGACACUAUUAUUUAAACGCCAUAGUGGCCAGUCUUGUAUGAGAACAAGUGCAAAUCAGCAUCUGGUUCCCGUAAAUUAUUACUACAUUCAUCUGUGGGAGGAUCUAUUUGACUUCCCUGUGCUGUCGCUUUCGGUUGUAGCAUAAUUAUCAGCUGUACGUGCGCAACGGUUUCACUUCGACCUGAACUGACAAGUAGUGCUGACUGACUGACAGCGACCCCGCGAGCCGCUGCCUCUGAGAAUCUGCUUCAGUCACUGGAGAUCAAACCAUGAGUGUCAGUUCAACACGGAGCAGCGGGGAAGAAAUCGACGAGCUGGAGUCAGUUAGCUGGUAUCAUUAUGAUUUGUCCCGGCAUGCCGCUGAAGCUCUUCUCCUUUCGAAUGGGGUAGAUGGGAAUUUUUUACUCAGAAACAGCAACAAAGGACCUGACUGCUAUGCUUUGUCUGUCCGAGCAAAGGAUUCAGUGAAACACUUUCAUGUCCGGCGGCAGUUUGGCAAAUAUUCCUUUGGCUUCAAUGAAUUUCCUUCCCUUCAGGAUUUUUGCAGUCACCUUGCCAAUCAGCCCUUGCUAGGCAGCGAGACAGGAAACCUGAUAGUGCUGCGGUUCCCAUACCCACGGCAGGUGGAAGAGCCAUCCAUUUAUGAGACGGUGUGUGUGCAUACGGUCAUGCAGACAGGCCGGCAUGAAAACGACCUAGUGCCUAAUGCUCCAGCACUUGGCACUAAAGAAGGCUAUCUGGUUAAACAAGGAGCGAUAAUCAAGAACUGGAAGCAGAGAUGGUUCACACUGAAUAGAAAUGAACUUAAAUAUUUCAAGGAUAAAAUGUUUGUAGAGCCAAUACGAACCCUGGAUCUGACGGAGUGCUCUGCUGUCCAGUUUGAUUACAGUCAGGAGAGGGUCAACUGCUUCUGUCUGGUGUUCCCCGAGAGGACAUUUUAUUUGUGUGCAAAAUCUGGUGCUGAGGCAGAUGAAUGGAUUAAGAUACUACGAUGGAAACUGUCACAGAUAAAGAAAGGACGAUGAUGUUCAACUCGGAGAGAAGUACUGGAGCAAAUGCAAGCUGUGUGCAGUUUUGUAUUAGUAAAUACAGAGGAUUUAUUCACUGCGUCUGAUGCUCUGUGAUCUUGGCAUCAUGGUUGUACAGCUCAUCACACAUAAGAUGCCUUCUGGGCAAUAAAUCACACAAGGUUUUACAUCUAAGUGAAGUGAAGUCCCAAGGCACCGUGCUGUUGUGCUUUAUAAAGAUAUCUGGAGGCUGUGCACUACCAAUGUUGGGAUUAUAAUUGACAAUAGGUAUUUUUUUCCGAUAUUGUGUUCUGUGUUGAGCUUUCAGUUCUUCUUAUUCUUCUCUAACCCAAGCUAAACAGUGUGUCUGCUCUUAAAUGUGUACAUCCCCCCUUAUAUACAUGUUUGCAACUGAGGUAAACAUAUACUGAAUUUUAUUAGUUGAAACCUUUGGAUGCAAUAUACUUUUUUUCCCCAGAAUAGAGCACUACUGUGAUUACAUAUUUCUGUAGGCCAACCCAGAAGUUAGAAUCACUCUUGUUCUUUCAACAAAAUCCUAACAGGAUUUUUCCAUUGACUUUUGAAUUAUUAUAAUAAGCUCUGUGAUUAGCGUAAGUUAAUAAUUAUUG